AUAACUUUGCUCAGACGUCUAAGCAUUUAUAUUUCUCACCUAAUUAUCGACUCAGUAUGUGAAUUUACGUGUAGCAAUUUAAAUUGUAUUAUUUUGAUUCUGAAAUGUCUUUUAUAUAAAGUAGCAGAUCAUAUGUGGUUGCACUCUUUCUCGUUGCCGGUAUGUCGCGAAAUAACAUGUCGACGAGACGUUCGUUACAAUUGUCGUGUUUUAACAAAAAUAUCCAUGAACACUUUAUUAUAUCAUUUUGUGAAAAGUACACAAAUUUUAAUUGGGGCUUUAUGACACAAGUUUUUACACAUGAAAACUGAUCUUUACAUAGACUGCACCAGACCGCUUGUGAUACAGAGAGUGGUGUUCGUAAAUUAGGUCUUGAUAUUUCAAUAAAGGUGCCUGGUCAACCCGAUAUCAAUGUGAAGAAGACUGUCAAAGCAAACACAGACGAUACAAGACAUCCAGAUAGAGACCACACCUGCAUGAAAUCAACGGACAAGUGUACCUGCAUUCUGCAGGAGCAGACAGUAUAUCUAGACAAUUGUUGGUUGACUGUUCCCGAGCAAUCAUAUCUAUCUUCAGCCAGUGCUACUGUGAACGUUCUUGCCUAUAACCAGACUAUGCUGACCAGCAGUAUCAGUUUUGAGAUUCCGUCUGUCACCAAAUUAACAGGACUUGAAAGAUAUAAUGGUCCAAAGACGGUCAGAGUGGAAAAUGUGCAGAUCGGAAGUUUCCUGAUUGUAAAGGACUUCCCGAAAAAGAUGUCGUGUUAUGCGUUACAGACAGACAUCAUUAUAAUCUUUUAUAAAUGGAAUGCUGAUGGCACCAUAGAAGUGGUAACGCACACAGUACUAGUUUUCCUUGUUUGCAUUCUUUAG